AGCCGUUUCACACGUCUCGUUACCGCUUCUGGUUCCUACAGCAACAAUUUGUCCCCAUUUGGCCCUGCUCUUCUCUCUCAUUUCCCUAAACAUUUCAUUUCAAAACCGUCCCCUUCUCUCUCUCUCUCUCUCUCUCUCACUCUGUGCGAAUAGGGUUUGGAGCUUCGGAAUCCUAAUUCCACCGACUUCAGACUACGCUACUCUCUCUGCAACCAAUGGCAAUGCUCGCCGGCCGAUCACCCUCACUUUGCGCAUUGCUGAGGUCAUAAUCCGGUCGAUCGUGGCCGGUGAUCAUCGGUUCGAUUCGCAGCCAUGUUCGAAGCACACGUCCUCCAUUUGCUUAGAAGAUAUUUGGGGGAAUAUGUUGAAGGACUCUCUGUCGAAGCUUUAAGAAUAAGUGUUUGGCAAGGUGAUGUUGUUCUCAAAGAUUUGAAAUUAAAGGCAGAGGCCCUAAAUUCACUAAAACUUCCAGUCACUGUAAAAGCUGGUUUUAUUGGUACCAUUACAUUAAAGGUUCCAUGGAAAAGUGUGGGCAAAGAACCUGUGAUUGUUCUCAUUGACCGUGUAUUCAUCCUUGCUCAUCCUGUUACUGAUGACAGGACUCUCAAGCAAUCUAAUGGAAAUUCAUGGCUAGGUUCCCUUAUUGCUACUAUUAUUGGGAAUCUAAAGAUAUCAAUUAGCAAUGUACAUAUAAGAUAUGAGGAUUUGUCAGGACAUCCUUUUUGUUCGGGUGCCACUUUAGCCAAACUUGCUGCUGUUACGAUGGAUGAAGAAGGGAAUGAAACAUUUGAUACCAGUGGUGCUCUUGAUAAGUUGCGAAAGGUUCAUAUGAUUCUUUGGGAAGGUGACAUGACGCUUAAGACAAAGCUUCACUCUCUAAAAAUCAAAGAUGAGCUUCAAGGUCGUCUCUCUACAACCCCACAGUAUUUAGCUUGUUCUGUGCUGAAGAGUGACAAUUUAGUUUCAUCCCCCGGCAUAAUUGCUCCACAUUGGAAAGAAAUGUCUGUUUUACUUCAUGAGGAGGAUGAUAAUUUUACGGAUGCUUUGCCAGAUUUUAUGUCUGUAUCAGAUGCAGGCUUUGGUUCACCAACUUCAGAUACGGUUUCAUGUGUAACAACUGAGGACAUCAAUGAUGCUGCUGGAUUUGCAUCUGCAGAAGGCUUAGUCCUUGAAAAGAAUCUUGUUAAGGCAAGGUGCAUUUCUGCUGAGGAAUUUUAUGAGGCGGAGGGUAGUGACUAUUCCAAUUUUGUAUCUCUCACCUUCUCGACUCUGAGUUCUAGUUCACCUCAUUAUGAUGGUAUUGACGCCCAGAUGAGCAUCCGUAUGUCAAAACUGGAAUUCUUCUGCAACAGACCUACUUUGGUCGCUUUAAUUGUUUUUGGCCUGGACUUAAGCUCUGUGUACAGUGAGGAAAGUACUGCAGACAUUACUGAAGGUUCAGGUGACAAAUCUUUGACGAACAAAGAAAAAACUGAAGAAAUUGGGCGUGUCAAAGGAUUGCUGGGUUAUGGUAAAGGUCGUGUAGUAUUUUAUUUGAACAUGAACGUGGACAGUGUGACUGUUUCUCAACAAGGAGGAUGCUUCUCUGCUUGCGACGUUUGUGCAAGAAAGUUUUGUGCUAGAUCUGAAGGUCCACCCAAGUUCUCUUUCCAUUGAAGGCACCCUAGGAAAUUUUAGACUCCGUGAUAUGUCUCUUGGAGAAGAUAACUGUUGGGCUUGGCUAUGUGAUAUACGCAAUCCAGACGUGGAAUCCCUUAUCAAGUUCAACUUUAAGUCUUACAGUGCUGAAUAUGGUUGCCUGUUGGUUUCAACUUCUUAUUUUGAGAGGAAAACAACUCCAAGUCUUCAAAGAGAUUUGGAGAAUGAGAAUGUAGUUGAUAGAGACAUAGGUUUCUAUAUUGGUCUGGGCCCCAAAGGUGUUUGGCAGGGCAUACGGGCAUUGCUUCCAUUGUCAGUUGUUCCAAAAUUGUUACAGGAUGAUUUUAUUGCACUGGAAGUUAUGCUGAAAAAUGGCAGGAAACAUGCUAUUUUCAGGGGUCUUGCAACAGUUGUAAAUGAGACUGAUGUUACAUUGAAACUUUCAGUAUGUGGUGCUUCUCUGAUUCAAGUUUAUGAUUCCUCAUCUGGAACAAGUGGAAACAUAAAUCGCCCUAGGAAUGAUGUCUCUGCCAUAAACCCUGGAGGUUCAUUUGUUUUACCUUGGAAAAGUACAUCAAGUGAUUCUGACCAGUGCUUACAAUUUGCCCUUCUGUUGAUCAUCCUCAGCGUCCAUAUUCCUGGGGUUCUGUUGUUGCGGUGGGAUCUGGUUAUGCAUCUGGAAAGGACUUGACGGUUAUGGAUCAGGUUUCACUUUCAGGACAGUAUACUUCAAAGCAAGAAAAUACGAUGCCUAAUGUUACAUUUCAGUUGAAUCAGCUUGAGAAGAAAGAUAAACUUCUGUGUUGUACUAGUAACGUAAAUAAACAACUUUGGCUUAGUGUUGGGGCAGAUGCCUCAGUUCUUCAUACUGAACUCAACGCACCUGUUUAUGAUUGGAGAAUCUCUGUCAAUUCUCCUAUGAAGUUGGAAAACAGACUUCCCUGUCCGGCUGAAUUCACCAUUUGGGAAAAGAUAAAAGAAGGAAAGUGUAUUGAGCGCCAGAAUGGUAUGAUCUCUUCACGUGGCGGUGUUCAUAUAUAUUCAGCAGACAUUCAGAAACCGAUAUAUCUCACCUUGUUUGUUCAGGGUGGCUGGGUCAUGGAGAAGGGCCCCAUUCUUGUUUUGAAUCUAUAUUCUAAUGAUCAUGUCUCAUCAUUCUGGAUGGUUCACCAGAAAAGUAAAAGGAGACUGCGAGUGAGUAUUGAACGUGACAUGGCAGGGACCACUGUUGCACCCAAAAUCAUAAGGUUUUUUUGUUCCUUAUUGGAUCAUUAAUGAGUUAUCUAUUUCUUUGGCGUAUCGAGUGGUGGAAGUGGAGCCUUUGGACAAUGCAGAUCCAGAUUCCCCAAUUGUUUCUAGAGCAGUCAACUCUGCAAAGACAGCUUUAAAAAGUCCUACAACCUCCAUGGAAAGGAAGCAUUCAGCUGCAAGGAGAAACAUUCAAGUACUUGAAGUUAUUGAGGAUACUAGUCCUGUUCCUAACAUGCUUUCUCCGCAAGACUACAAAAGCUGCAGUGGAGCUAUGCUGUUUUCAUCUCAAAAAGAUGUGUAUCCGUCCUCUCGAGUUGGCCUUUCUGUUGCGAUUCGCCAUUCGGAAAUUUACAGUUCUGGAAUAUUUCUUCAUGAGCUUGAAAAGAAGGAAUGGCUUGAUGUAAAAGCAUUCAGUUCAGAUGGAUCUUAUUACAUGCUUUCAGGUUCUUAGUUAUAUAUACCGGAAUUUUUAUAAAACUUUUACCUUGGAAGGAAAGCAAGGGUGUAGAGGACUUUGGUGAUGUUAUUAGAGAAGGAGGUGGAGCACUGGCAAAAGGCUUCUUCAGAGGGGUCACUGGCAUAUUGACAAAACCACUUGAAGGUGCUAAGUCUUCUGGUGUUGAGGGUUUUGUUCAAGGUGUUGGAAAAGGAUUAAUUGGUGCAGCUGCACAACCGGUGAGUGGGGUUCUGGAUCUUCUGUCAAAAACUACUGAAGGUGCUAAUGCAAUGAGAAUGAAGAUAGCAUCAGCUAUAACUUCUGAAGAUCAACUCCUCCGUAGACGACUGCCGCGUGUAAUUAGUGGUGAUAAUAUACUUAGACCAUAUGACGACUACAAAGCUCAAGGACAGGUUAUAUUGCAGCUGGCAGAAUCAGGUUCAUUUUUCCUCCAGGUUGAUCUAUUUAAAGUACGUGGGAAGUUUGCGUUAUCAGAUGCUUAUGAAGAUCACUUUUUAAUCCGCAAAGGAAAAGUUCUUGUGGUCACUCAUCGAAGAGUGAUACUGCUGCAACAACCCAAUACUAUUUCUUAGAAGAAGUUCAACCCAGCUAGGGAUCCCUGUUCGGUAUUGUGGGAUGUACUUUGGGAUGACCUGGUGACAAUGGAACUGGCAUUUGGAAAAAAAGACCACCCAAAAGCUCCACAUUCGCUGCUCAUUCUUUAUUUACGUGAUAGAUCAACCGAGAUGAGGGAGCAAGCUCGUGUAAUAAAGUGCAUCCGUGACACCCCCCAGGCUUUUGAAGUGUACAACGCAAUUGAAUGAGCAAUGAGCAUUUAUUGACCAAACAAAACAAAGGAAAGGCCAACAAAAAAUGUGACAAAGCCAUAUUCACCGCUUGCUGAUAGCACCGGUGCUGAAGUUAACCCAAAAGAAGGGCUUAGCUCCUUGUCACCCCGACCGAUGCCACUUCCUCUUUCAAUGUUUGGCAGGAGUGCCAACUGAGUUUCAAAAUCAUUUCUCGUGGGGAAAUAUGCUUUUUGGCUACCUGCUCUGGUUAAAUCACAAGAUCCAAAUUAAUAGGGUUUUGUUUAGCCAGCAUCGCGUCUGGUAAUGAAGAAUGAAGUGGUUUGUGAUGCAAGAACUCAUCCGAGGAUUACUAAACAUUGAUCUGUGACCAGGUUAUCACAAACUUGUAUAGGUUUUGACAUUCCAUGUGUAUAUAUGUCUUAGAGUAGUCGAUGUAUACGUACAACUCUACUUUACGCAGUCAGCUUAAAAGAUCUGCACACAUUGUAGGCCAGCUCCAUAUAUGAUGCAAUAUUAUUGACAGAUAGGCUUAGGAGGUAAAUUCCUACAUGUUACUCCUUGUUUUCGUGUACAAUGUGUGUCUGAAUUGCUUUCACAGAAAAAGUUUCAUCAAUUCAAUUAUGAGCUGUAUUAACUCA